UGUUCUUAACGAAAUUUAUAAAAAGCAGAGAAUGCAGCCAAAGGCCAGUUUCAGUUCAUUUCUAGUCGCAAAGAGUUGCAAUACUCGUAAGAAGAAGAAUCGUCAUUACGUUGGUUUAAAUAAUAAUAAACAGAAAAAUAUACAAUAGUUUUACAAAAAAUAUAAACAAAUAAAAAUAAUAAAAAAUGAUAAAUAAAGUCACAGCCUUUGCAUUAAUCACUCAACUAUUGUUGUACAGUUUGGUAAGCGCGGCGCCCUACCCACAAAACGACAUCGAUAGCUCCUUUGCCGGUAACACGGGAGCGAUGGACUACAACACUGUCGUUGGCCACUUCAAAGAUUUUUUUAUGUAUCUUCCUGUUAUGAUGACUACACUCAAAGAGACUAUGACAGGAUUUCCAAAAUUCGCGGAAGGCAUACGAAUACUGACAUCGAAGAACGGUCGCACCGAGGACGACUGUAAUUGCAAACGGAGUAGCAACGAAAUUGAAAAUAGUAGUCGAUAUGGUUAACUGAUGAG